GCGGAGUCUGCUGCCACCGCCUCCAGGAAGAGGCGCCUGGAGGCCAAGGAGGCGGUCAAGGCGCAGAAGGUGGCGGCGUACAACCGCGCCAUAUCUGGCUCGGCGGGCGCCGCGAACGCGGCGGCCGAUGCGGAGAAGGAGGCCGAGGUGGCCAAGAUGCAGGCGGAGGUGCGGGCCGCGCAGGCGGAGGCGGCCAAGGCCGCGGCCGCGGAGCGGGCUGCCGAGCGGGCCAAGCGCGCCGCGGAGCAGGAGGAGGCUGGCGAGGGCCUGGACGCUGCGGAGGCCUUCUUCGCCGCGCGCCGGGCGAAGCAGGCGAAGACCGAGGAGUCCAGCGGCUCGGGCCUGGACGCGGCGGAGGCGUUCUUCGCC